GUGACCAGCUCUGGCGCCCACUUCUGGUCCGGUUCCAAAAAGAGAUGUCCUAUCCCGCUAGAGUUCAGCCCCAGCAACGUGAGUCCUUUCCUUUGUACCCCCUCUCUCAAUGUAACCGGUCCCUUCUCUUCUCCAUGUAAACCGUGUCUAUCCAUGUAACGUUGUCCCUCUCUCUUCUCCAUGUUUGAACCGUUUUGUGUCCUCUCAAUUGUAAACGUGUCUCUCAAGGUAACAGUGUCCCUCUCAUAUAGCCAUGAACGUGGUCUCGACAUGUUGUAAACCUCUUGUCCCUCCCUCUCUCAUGUAACCGUGUCUCUCUUCCUCCAUGAACCAAUGUCAUCUCUUACAUGUAACCGUGUCCCCCAUCUCUCCAUUGUAACGUGUCCCUCUCUCAUGAACAGUGUCCCUCCCUAUCUCCAUGUAAACCGUGGUCUCUCUCUCCUCAUGUAACCGUGUCCCUCUUCUCUCAUGUAACAAGUUGUCCCCCUUCUCCAUGUAAACCGUGUCCCUCUCUCUCCAUGUAACCGGUGUCCCUCUCUCUCCAUGUAACCGUGUCCAUCUCUCUCCAGUAACCGGUCCCUCUCUAUACAAUGUAACCGUGUCCCUCUAUUCAUGUAACCGUGUCCCUCUCUAUCCAUGUACCGUGGUCUCUCCCCUCUCCAGUAACCUGUCCCUCCCCCUCCCAUGUACCGUGUCCCUACCCCCCCGAUCCAUGUAACCGUGUCCCUCCCCCUCUCCAUGUAACCCGUUUGUCCCUCCCCCUUCCAGUAACCGUGUCCCUCCCCCUCUCAAUGUAACCGUGUCUCUUCAAGUAUGUCUACCGUGUGUCACCCCUUCCCCUCUCAAUUGAACCGGGUCCUCCCCCUCUCCAUGUACACCGUUUGUACCCCUCUCUCCAUGUAACCGUGUACCCUCUCUCUCAUGUUAACCGUGUCCCAAUAUCAUAUCCAUGUAACAGUGUCCCAUAUAUCUCUCAGUGUAAAACCGUGUCCCUCCUAUCUCCGUGUCUUGUACCGUUAUUUGGUCCCUCCUCUCUUCCAGUAACGUGUCCCUCCCUCUCUCCAUGUAACGUGUCCCUCCCUCUAUACAGUAACCGUGUUCCCUCCCCUCUAAUGUAACCGUUUUGUCCUCCCCCUAUCAAUGUUGUAAACGUUGUCCAUCCCAUCUCCAUGUAAACCGUGUUUGUCCCUCCCAUCUCAUGUAACCGUGUCCCUCCCCUCUCCAUGUAACCGGUUUGUCCCUCCCCCUCUACACUUAACCGUGUCCAUCCCCCUCUCACAUGUAAACCGUGUCCCUCACUCUCUCCAUGUAAAACCGUGUCCCUCCCAUCUCCAUGUACCAGGGCCCCUCCCCCUAUCAGGUAACGUGUCCCUCACCCUCUAAAUGAAAAAAGUGGUACUCACCCUCUCAUCGUAACCGUGUCCCCUCUCUCUUCCAUGUACCGGGUGUCCCUCACCCACUUCUCCAGUAAACCGUGUUGUCCCCCUCUCUUCUACAUGUAAACGUGUCACCCUCUCUCUCUCCAUGUAACAGGGUCCUACCUCUCUCAAUGGAACCAGGUCCAUCCCUCUCCAUGUAACCGUGUUUGUCCUUCCCUCUCAUCCAUGUAACCAGUGGUACCUCCCUCUCUCAUAGUAACGUUGUCUCUCUCUCUCCUUCUCUAAACGUUUUGUCCCGCCCUCUCUAAGGUCCCUCCUCUCUAGGACCUCCAUAUGGACUAUGUGAUGGCAGGAGCCAAACUGUUUGCCCGUUCGUACGGCAUGCAGGGCGCUACUGACGUGUCGGCGUGGAUAAGAUCCGGGACAGCUAUCGGUGCCCACCUUUGUCCCAGGUCAGGGGUUCAAGAUUCCACGUAGCCGACCAGGAGCUGCAGAGCGCUAACGUCAACGUCUGGUGUUGAGGAGGGGAUGCUUGUAUGUCAUAUUAAACAUAUGGAAGGUGCUCCAGGCAUAGUCAACUUCUACCUGUAUAGGGAUAUCGUAAAUAAUAGUGUCUAGUGAUAGUCAACCUUCUACGUAGGGGUAUUUAAAUAUGUUUUCUAGUGAUAGUUCAACCUUCUUACCUGUAGGGAUAUAUCUAAAUAAUAAGUUUCUAGUGAUAGUCAACCCCCUUCUACCUGUCGGGAUAUCUAAAUAAUAGUUUUAGGUUGCUAGUCAACUUCUACUGUAGGGGUAUCUAAAACUAGUUUCUAGUGAUAGUCAACUCCUACCGUGGGGUAUCUAAAUAAUAGUUUCUAUUUGAUAGUCAACCUUCACUGGUAGGGAAUUCUAAAUAAUAGUUUCUAGUGAUAGUCAACCUUCUACCUGUAGGGGUAUCUAAAUAAUAGUGUGUGAGUGAUAGUUCAACUUUACCUGUAGGGAAUCUAAAUAAUAGGUUUCUUAGUGAUAGUCCAACCUUCUACUGUAGGGGAUCUAAAUAAUAUUUUCUAGUGAUAAGAUCAACCUUCACCUGUAGGGAUAUCAAAUUCAAUGUUUCUAGUGAUAGUCACUUUACCGUAGGGGGAUCUAAAUAAUAGUUUCUAGUGAUCGUCAACCUUCUACUGUAGGGCUAUCUCAAAUAAUAGGUUUCUCGUGAUAGUCAACUUUUCUAAAUGUAGGGAUAUCUAAAUAAUAGUUUCUAGUGAUAGUUCAACCUCUACUGUAGGAUAUUUAAAUAAUAGUUUUCUAGUGAUAGUAACCUUCUAAACCUGUAGGGAUAUCUAAUAAUAGUUUUAUAGUGAGUGAUUUAGCAACCUUCUACCUGUAGGGAGAUCUACAUACUAGUUUCUAGCGAUAGUCAAAACCUCUACCUGUAGGAUAUCUAAAUAAUAGUUUCUAGGGAUAGUCAACACUCUAUCUACCUGUAGGGGUAUCUAAAUAAUAGGUUUUCUAGCGAUAAGUCAACCUGUAUCCCUGUAGGGAUAUAUAAAUAAUAGUUUUCUAGCAUAGUAAACUCUACCUGUUAGGGAUAUCGUAAAUAAUAGUUUCUAGUGAUAGGUCAACCUUCUACCUGUUAGGGGAUAUCUAAAUAAUAGUUCUAGUGAUAGUCAACCUCUAACUGUAGGGAUAUCUAAAUAAUUAGUUCUAGUGAUAGUCAACCUGUUACCUGUAGGGACUAUCUAAAAGAAUAGUUUCUAGUGAUAGUCAACCUUCACCUGUAGGUGAUAUCUAAAUAAUAGUUUCUAGUGAUAGUAAACUAUUACCUGUAGGGAUAUAUAAAUACUAGUUUUAGUGAUAGUCAACCUUAUACCUGUAGGGAUAUCUAAAUAAUAGUUCUAGCGAUAGUCACCUUCUACUGUAGGAUAUCUAAAUAAUAGGUUUUCUAGCGAUAGUUCAAAACCUAUAUCCACCCUGUUUAGGGGUACUAAAUAAUAGUUUUUCUAGCGAUAGUCAACCUCUACUGUAGGGAUAUCUAAAAAUAGUUUUUAGGAUAGUCAAACCUUCUACCUGUAGGGAAUCUAAAUAAUAGUUUCUAGUGAUAGUCAACCUUCUACUGUAGGAAUCUAAAUAAUAGUUUACGUGAUAGUCAACCUUAUACCUGUAGGAUAUUUAUAAUAAUAGUUUCUAGCGAUAGUUCAACCUCUACCUGUAGGGUAUCUAAAUAAUAGUUUCUAGCGAUAGUCAACCUUCUACCUGUAGGGAUCAUCUAAAUAAUCGUUUCUAGCGAUAGUCAAACUUCUUACCUGUAGGGGUAUUAAAUAUAGUUCUAGCGAUAGCAACCUUCUACCUGUAGGGCUUCUAACUCAUAGUUUCUAGUGAUAGUCAACCUUCUACCUGUGGGGUAUCUAAAUAAUAGUUUUAGUGAUAGCCAACCUUAUACUGUGGGAUAUCUAAAUAAUAGUUUUCUAGUGUGAUAGUCAACCUUCCUACCUGUUAGGGAUAUCUUAAAAUAAUAGUUUCUAGUGAUAGUCAAACCCUUUCUACCUGUAGGGUAUACUAAAUAAUAGUUUCUAGUGAUAGUCCCUUCUACCGUAGGGAUAUCUAAAUAAUAGUUUCUAGUGAUAGUCAACCUUCUACUGUAGGGAUAUUAAAUAUAGUUUCUAGUGAUAGUCAACCUUCUACCUGAGGGGUAUCUAUCUAAAAAAAUUAAUAGGUUCUAGUGAUAGUCAACUUCUAACUGUCGGGGUAUCUAAAUAAUAGUUUCUAGUGAUAGUCAACCUUCUACUGUAGGGAUAUCUAAAGAAUCGUUCAGUGAUAGUCAACUUUCUACAUGUAGGGGUAUCUCAAAUAAUAGUUUCUAUGAUAGUCAACCUUCUACCUGUAAGGGGUAUCUAAAUAUUAUCUAAAUAAUAGGUUUCUAUGAUAGUCAACCGUCUACCUUAAGGGGUAUCUAAAUCAUAUUUACUAGUGAUAGUCAACUUUACUGUAGGGAUAUCUUAAAAAAUAAUAGUUCUAGUGAUAGUCAAACCUUCUACCUGUGGGGUAUCUAAUAAUAGUUUCUAGUGAUAGUAACCUUAACCUGUAGGGCUAUUAAAAUAAUAGUUUCUCGUGAUAGUCAAACCUUAUACCGUAGGGAUAUCAAUACUAGUUUCUAGUGAUAGUCAACCUUAUACCUGUAGGGAUAAUCUAAAUAAUAGUUUCUAGGAUAGUCAACCUUCACUGUAGGGAAUAUCUAAAUAAUAGUUUUAGUGAUAGUAACUUCCUACCGUAGGGAUUAUUAAAUAAGAGUUUCUAGCGAAUAGUCAACCUCUACAUGUAGGGAUAUCUAAAUAAUAGUUUCUAGCGAUAGUCAACCUUCUACCUGUAGGGGUUAUCUAAAUAAUAGUUUUCUAGCGAUAGUAACCUUCUACUGUAGGGAUUAUCUAAAUAAUAGUUUCUAGCGAUAGCUCAACCUUCUACCUGUAGGGAUAUCUAAAUAAUUAGUUUUGUGAUAGUCAAACCUUCUACCUUGUAGGGAUAUCUAAAUAAUAGUGUCUAGUGAUAGUCAAACCUCUAAUGGUAGGGAUAUCUAAAUAAUAUUUCUAGUGAUAGUCAACCUUUUACCUGUAGGGGAUAUAUAAAUAAUAGUUCUAGUGAUAGUCAACCUUCUACCUGUAGCAGGAUAUAAAUAAUAGUUUCUAGUGAUAGUCAACCCUUCUUACCCUGUAGGGAUAUCGAAAGAAAUUAGUUUCUGCGUAGUCAACCUUCUACUGUAGGGAUAUCUAAAACAUAGUUUCUAGCGAUAGUCAAACUUCUACCGGUAGGGAUAUCUAACUAAAAGUUUUAGCGAUAGUCAACCCUUUCUACCGUAGGGAUAUCUAAAUAUAGUUUCUACGAUAGCCACCUUCUACCUGUAGGGGUAUCUAAUAAUAGUUUCUAGUAUAGUAACCUUCUACGGUGGGAUAUCUAAAUAAUAGUUUUUAUUGAUAGUCAACCUUCUACUGUAGGGUAUCUUAAAAAUAUUUUAUAGUGAUAUCAACCUUCUACUGUAGGGAUAUCUAAAUAAUAUUUUAGGAAGUAACCUUCUACCUGUAGGGGUAUCUAAAUAAUAUUCUAGGAUAGCACCUUCUACCUGUUAGGGUAUCUAAAUAAUAGUUUCUAGUGAUAGUCAAACCUUCUACCUGUAGGGAUAUCUAAAAUAUAGUUUAUGUCAUAGUCAACAUUUCUACCUGUAGGGUAUCUAAACAUAAAUUAGUUCUAGUGAUAGUCAACCUUUCUACCUGUAGGGGAUAUCUAAAUAAUAGUUUCUAGUGAUAGUCAACCUCUACAUGUAGGGAUAUCUAAAUAAUAUUUCUAGGAUAGUCAAACCUUCUACCUGUAGGGAUAUCUAAUAUAGUUUCUAGUGAUAGUCAAACCUUCUACCUGUAGGGGUAUCUACAUAAUUAGUUAUAGUGGUAGGUCAACCUUAUCCUGAAGGGAUAUCUAAAUACUAGUUUUUAGUGAUUAGUCAACUUUAACCUGUAGGGAUAUCUAAAAUAAUAGUUUCUAGUGAUAGUCAAACAUUCUUACCUGUAGGGAUAAAUCUAAAUAAUGUUUCUAGUGAUAGUCAACAUUCUACCGGUAGGGAGAUCUAAUAAUAGUUUCUAGUGAUAGUCAACCUUCUACCUGUAGGGAUAUCUAAAUAAUAGUUUCUAGUGAUAGUCAACCUUCUACCUGUAGGGAUAUUUAAAUAAUAGUUUCUAGUGAUAGUCAACCUUCUACCUGUAGGGAUAUCUAAAUAAUAGUUUCUAGUGAUAGUCACCUAUCUACCUGUAGGGAUAUUAAAUAUAGUUUCUAGCGAUAGCCACCUUCGACCUGUAGGGAUAUAUAAAUAUAGGUCUAGCGAUAGUCAACCUUCUACUUAGGGGUAUCUGAAUAAUAGGUUCUAGCGAUAGUCAACCUUCACCUGUAGGGAUAUCUAAAUAAUCGUUUCUAGCGAUAGUCAAACCUUCUUAACUGUAUAGGAGGAUAUCGAAAUAAAGUUUCUAGUGAUAUCGGUCAACUUCUACUGUAGGAUAUCUAAAUAAUAGUUUAUAGUGAUCGUCAACCUUCUUACCGUAGGGAAUCUAAAUAAUAGUUUCAGUGAAGUCAACCCUUUUUACCUGUAGGGAUAUCUAAUAAAUGUUUCUAGUGCUGUCAACCUUCUAAUGUAGGGAUAUCUUAACUAUAGUUUCUAGUGUGAUGUCCAACCUUUACCUGUAGGGUAUCUAAAUAAUAGUUUCUAGUGAUAGUCAACCUUCUACCUGUAGGGAUAUCUAAAUAAUAGUUUCUAGCGAUAGUCAACCUUCUACCUGUAGGGAUAUCUAAAUAAUAGUUUCUAGCGAUAGUCAACCUUCUACCUGUAGGGAUAUCUAAAUAAUAGUUUCUAGCGAUAGUCAACCUUCUACCUGUAGGGAUAUCUAAAUAAUAGUUUCUAGCGAUAGUCAACCUUCUACCUGUAGGGGUAUCUAAAUAAUAGUUUCUACGUGUUGCUAGUUCAACUUCACUGUAGGUGAUUCAAUAAUAGUUUCUAGCGUAGCAAACUUCUACUGUAGGGAUAUCUAAAUAAUAGGUUUUAUAAGUGAUAGUCAACCUAUACCUGAGGGGUAUCUAAAUAAUAGUUUCUAGUGAAAGUAAAACCUUUUACCUUAGGGGUAUCUAAAUAAAGUUUCUAGUGUGAUAGUCAACCUUUACCGUAGGGAUAUCUAAAUAAUAGUUUCUAGCGAUAGUCAACUUCUACCCGUAUGGAUAUGCUCAAAUAAUAGUUCUAGCGUAGUCACCUUCUACCUGUAAGGGAUAUCUAAAUAUAGGUCUAGCGAUAGUCAACCUUAUACCCUGUAGGGAUAAUUAAAAUAUAGUUUUAGCGAUAGUCAACCUUCUACCUGUUGUAGGGUAUCUAAAUAAUAGUUUCUAGCGAUAGUCAACCUUCUUACCUGUAGGGAUAUUAAAUAAUAGUUUCUAGCGAUAGUAACCUUUCUACCUGUAGGGAUAAUCUAAAUAAUAGUUUCUAGCGAUAGUCACCCUUCUACUGUAGGGCUAUCAAAUAAUAGUUUCUAGCGAUUAGUUCAACCUUCACCUGUAGGGAUAUCAAAAUAAUAGUUCUAGCCGAUAGUCAACCUUUCUACCUGAGGGAUAUCUAAAUAAUAGUUUCUAGCGAUAGUAACAUUUCACUGUAGGAUAUCUAAAUAAUAGUUUCUAGAGAUAGUCAACUUUACCUGUAGGGAUAUCUAAUGAUUCGUUUCUAGCGAUAGUCCAACCUUCUACUGAGGGGUAUCUAAAUGUGAUAUGAUAGGUUUCUAGCGUAGUCAGACUUUCUACCUGUAGGGGUAUAUAAAUGAUAGUUGCUGCGAUAGUUCAACCUUCUACCUGUAGGGGUAUCUAAAUUGAUAGUUUCUAGCGAUAGUCAACCUUCCACACCUUAGGGUAUAUAAAUGAAGUUUCUAGCGAUAGUCAACCUUCUACUGUCAGGGGUAUCUAAAUAAUGUUUCUAGCGUAGUCAACUUCUACCUGUAGGAUGGAUAUCUAAAUAAUAGUUUUAGUGAUAGUCAACUCUACCUGUAGGGAAAUAUAAAUAAUAGUUUCUAGCGCUAGUCAAAACCUUCUACAUGAGGGGUAGGGGCUAUCUAAAUAAUAGUUUCUAGCAUAUUAGCAACCUUCUACAUGUAGGGAUAUCUAAAUAAUCGUUUCUAGCGAUAGGUCAACCUUUACCGUAGGGAUAUCUAAAUAAUAGUUUCUAGCGUAGUCAACAGUCUACCUGUGGGAUAUCUAAAAUAAUAGUAGUUUCUAGCGAUAGUCAAACCUUUACCUUGUAGGGAUAUAUAAAUAAUAGUUUCUAGCGAUAGUCAACCUUCUGACCUGUGGGAUAUCUAAAUAAUAGUCUAGCGAUUGUCAAACUUUUACCUGUAGGGAUAUCUAAAUAAUAGUUUCUAGCGAUAGUCACCUUCUACCUGUAGGGCUAUCUAAUAAUAGUUUAUAGCGAUAGUCAAACCGUCCUACCUUGUAGGGUAUCAAAUUGAUAGUUCUAGCGAUAGCAACCUUCUACUGUAGGGCGUAUAUAAAUGAUAGUUCUAGCGAUAGUCAACCUUCUACCUGUCGGGGUUAAUUAAAGGAUAGUUUCUCCGAUAGUCAAACUUCUACGUAGGAUUAUUAAAUGAUUAGUUUAUAGCGAUAGUCAACCUUCUACCUGUAGGGGUAUCUAAAUAAUAGUUUCUAGUGAUAGUCAACCUUCUACCUGUAGGGAUAUCUAAAUAAUAGUUUCUAGUGAUAGUCAACCUUCUACCUGUAGGGGUAUCUAAAUAAUAGUUUCUAGUGAUAGUCAACCUUCUACCUGUAGGGAUAUCUAAAUAAUAGUUUCUAGUGAUAGUCAACCUUCUACCUGUAGGGAUAUCUAAAUAAUAGUUUCUAGUGAUAGUCAACCUUCUACCUGUAGGGAUAUCUAAAUAAUAGUUUCUAGUGAUAGUCAACCUUCUACCUGUAGGGAUAUCUAAAUAAUAGUUUCUAGUGAUAGUCAACCUUCUACCUGUAGGGAUAUCUAAAUAAUAGUUUCUAGUGAUAGUCAACCUUCUACUGUAGGGUAUCUAAAUAAUAGUUUCUAGUUGUAAGUCAACCUUCUACCUGUAGGGAUAGGGAUAUCUAAAUAAUAGUUUCUAGUGAUAGUUCAACCUUUCUACAUGUAAGGGAUAAUCUAAAUAAUAGUUUUUUAGUGAUAGUCAACUUCUACCUGUAGGGAUAUCUAAAUAAUAGUGCAGUGAUAAGUCAACGUUUACCUGUAGGGGUACUAAAUAUAGUUUCUAGUGAUAGGUCAAACCUUCUACCUGUAGGGUUAUCUAAAUAAUCGUUUCUAGUGAUAGCAACCUUUCUACUGUAGGGAUAUCGUAACUAAAGUUUUUCUUCUAGCGCUAGCAACCUUCUACCUGUCGGGGUAUCUAAAAAAUAGUUCUAGUGCGGAUAGUCAACCUUUCGAACCUGUAGGGUUAUCUAAAUAAUAGUUUCUAGUGAUAGUCAACCUUCUACCUGUAGGGGUAUCUAAAUAAUAGUUUCUAGUGAUAGUCAACCUUCUACCUGUAGGGUUAUCUAAAUAAUAGUUUCUAGGAUAGUCCACCUAUACCUGUAGGGAUUAUUAACGAAUAGUUUUCGAGCGAUAGUAACCUUCUACUGUGGGGAUCUAAAUAAUACGUUUUAGUGAUAGUCCACCUUCUUUACUGUAGGUUAUCUAAAUAAUCGUGUCUAGUGAUAGUCAACCUUCUACCUGUAAUGUAGAGUGUAUCUAAAUAAUAGGUUUCUAGCGAUAGUCAACCUCGACCUGUAGGGAUAUCAAAAUAAAGUUUCUAGGGAUAGUCAACCUCUACCUGUAGGGUUACUAAAUAAUAGUUCUAGUGAUAGUCAAACCUUCUACUGUAGGGAUAUCUAAAUAAUAGUUUCUAGUGAUAGUCAAACCUUUCUACUGUAGGGAUAUCUAAAUAAUAGUUUCUAGCGAUAGUCAACCUUCUACCUGUAGGGAUAUCUAAAUAAUAGUUUCUAGUGAUAGUCAACCUUCUACCUGUAGGAGUUGACUAUCUUGUCUAAACACAAUACUUGGAGAAGGGAAAAAAGGCCCGUUGGGCGCAUGAGGUUAAAGACGUGUCCUCAGAAAUGUUACUUUUUUAUAACACAAUGCAUUUGCUGCCGAAUGAAAUUGGGUGGCCCAACGCAUGAGUGAAAGAAACACGUUGCUUUCUGACAUAACACAGUGGGUUAAAGUGGGUUACUAAGAGGGUCAAAUAACCAUGGGACUGUCUGUUAUUAUGUGUUAGCAAGACAGAUCCCACCUCUCGCCACCGGCCAUGUGAGAUGACCCUGCUACGGAUGUCAUUGGCCACUUUCCCUGUCUGUAAAACAAUCAACACUGUCUGUGUAUGCCUAACCUUCGUGUGUGUUUCUCUUUGGGGUGUGUCUGCGUGGUGUGUCUGUGUGUGUCUGCGGGGUGUGUGUCUGCGGGGUGUGUGUGUGUGUGUGUCUGCGGGGUGUGUGUGUGUGUGUCUGCGGGGUGUGUGUGUGUGUGUGUAGAUGACAACAGGCUGGAGGAGCUGAAGACUCUGCUACCUGGACCUGAAGCUUCUUCUCAGUUUAAACUCACUGCCAUCGACUUUGAGAAGGUAUAGAACUCUCCUUCUACUCCUCUCUCUCUCUCUCUACUCCCCUCUCUCUCCCUUUACUCCCAUCUCCCCCCUCUCUCUCUCUCUACUCCCAUCUCACUUUACUCUACUUCUGUGUUCUCGACAUCGUUCUCCUACAACACCUUUCAAGUCCUGUCGUCCUUACCACCUCUGUUUGUCUAACAUUUGUGUGUUUGAUUGUUAACUGUGUGUAUGUCUCUCUGUGGUAACUGUGUUCCAGGAUGAUGACUCUAAUUUCCACAUGGACUUCAUCGUGGCUGCCUCCAACCUGCGAGCAGAGAACUACGACAUUCCCCCUGCCGACAGACACAAGGUGUAUACACACUCCCACAUUGACAUCCCCCUACACACAGCCAUUGAUGUCACAUUUCAACUAUCAGACUUUUGACUAAAGAUGCCUGGAGCAAAAAACUAAAACAAAAGUAUUGUGUACAAAUGUCUCUUGCUCCUCUCCAGAGAGAUCAUUCCUGCCGUGGCAACCACCACAGCCGCCAUUUACUAAUCGCUCUCUCUCCUCCCUCUCCCGCCUCUCUCCUCCCGCCUCUCUCCUCCCGCCUCUCUCCUCCCGCCUCUCACCCGCCUCUCUCUCCUCCCCCUCUCUCUCCUCGCUCUCUCGCCUCCCUCUCCCGCCUCUCUCCUCCCGCCUCUCUCCUCCCUCUCUCUCCUCCCUCUCUCGCCCGCCUCUCUCUCCUCCCUCUCUCUCCUCCCUCUCUCCCUCCCUCUCCUCCUCCCCUGUGUCUCCAGAGUAAGCUGAUAGCUGGUAAGAUCAUUCUGCGAUAGCGACCACCACGGCGGCGGUCCGUGGGUCUGGUGUGUCUGGAGCUCAAUCAAGAUCGUUCAGGGGACACAAGAAGUUGGAGUCGUUUAAGAACGGCUUCUGA